CGGUGAGGAGCAGUUGCUACUGUGAUUGAAAGAAGGCCGAGGUCCUUUCUGCUGCUCUGAGAGGAUCGCAGAAUUGCCGAAGAAAAUUGGCUGCUCGUCCUGGUUUGUGAGCUGAGAUUAGGUGGCAAGCAGAAUGGCCAGCAAUGCAGGGAGUGAUGCAGUUUUUACAAGUCAGAAAUCAACACUUUCAGAGAGUCCUCAAACAAAGAAAUUUCCACUAACUGAAGAGGAGAGAUUUUAUAUGAAUUGUAGAGCCACCUACUUAACUGUCUUCAAAAGCAGCUUAGAAAACAUUAUUUCUAAAGACCAACUCUACCUAGUUCUUCAGCAUGCAGGAAGAAAUCCAUCCCAAACAACCAUUCAUAAGUAUUGGACUCCUCAAACUGCUAAAAUGAAUUUUGAUGAUUUUUGUAUAAUUUUAAGGAAGGAAAAUCCUACUUCAAAAGCAGAGCUGCUAAAAUAUUUUAAACAAUUAGAUGUAAAUGAUGAUGGCUCUAUUUUACACUCUGACCUUAAUAAAUUUCUAACAAAGAGAGGUGAGACAAUGACUCAAGAAGAAGUAAAUGCCGUAAUAAAUUUGGAUGAUGUAAAUUCUGAUGGGAAGUUUGACUACAUUAAGUUUUGUAAAUUAUAUAUGAAAACCAAUGAGCAAUGUCUCAAGAUUACACUAGAAAAACUGGAGGCCAACAGUAAACUGAGGCGUCAACAAUUUGGAAGCCACAUCGAAGGCUCCCCUGAGAGGGACCCAUCUCCAAAACUGUCACCUAAAAUCAUAAGAAAAAAUGACCAGGAAGCCUUCUCAAAUAAAGGUGACACAACAAAUUCUUUACUGUCAACAACUAGAAAGUUCAAAACAUCUGUUUCUUUCACAAUUGCCAUGGGUGCUAAUAGUAACCAAACCUCAAAGUUAACUCCUCCAAACUUAAAGGACUGGCAAUGUGUACAGUCAAAAGGCUGCUUCUUUUUAGAAGAAGAUGGUGGAAUCAUUAGGCAUCGGUACAAAAUGCAAAUAUCUCAAAGAUCCAUGGUUUAUCUAACAAUUAAGCCGUUAAAUCUGAGUCAAGUUGAAGGAAAACUGUCUCCCUGGUUAUCAGUUGACACAGCCUUGUAUAUUCUUGCAGAAAAUGAGAACAAAGCAGAUCUACAGCUUGUGUGUUUUACUGAACUACGAAAUAGAGAAGUGUUUGGAUGGACUGGCGAACUAGGACCAGGAACUUACUGGUUAAUUCCUUCCACAACUGGCUGUAGGCUAAGGAAAGAAAUAAAACCAAUAACAGAAGAAGCCCAGCUUGUGUAUAGAGAUGAAACAGGGGAAUUAUUUCUUACAAAUGAAUUCAGGUCAACUUUAUCAGACAUAUUUGAAAUAAUUGAUUUAGAUGGAAAUGGUCUUAUUAGCCUUGAAGAAUACAAUUUUUUUGAAUUGAGAACAAGUGGUGAAAAAUGUGAUGAGGAUGCUUGGACUGUCUGUAGAGAAAACUUUGAUACAAAAAAGAAUGAAUUAACAAAACAAGGAUUUAUGGAUUUGAAUCUGAUGGAAGCCAAUGAUCGAGGAGAUCCUCUUGACCUGUGGGUAACUCUGCACUCAAUGGGCUACAAUAAAGCUCUGGAGUUGACAGAGGCAUGCCCAUUUGUCAUCGAUAUCUAUGCAGAAAAAUGCAAGCCAAGAAUUAAAGCUGUCAAUAUGGAAGCAUGUAGUGGGCAACUUGAGACAGCAGUUUGUAAUUCUGUCCUUGAUAGAGGUGAAGCUAAAGUAAUGGAUGGCUAUGAAAACAUUAUAGUACACACUUGUAAUUAUGACACCUGGAUCACAUCAAUUAUUGAAAAUAAGGAAACUGAAGCAUGUCGAGAUUAAAUAACGUGCAAAAAUCGCAUAUCAAAGUAGCAGAAGAAUUGAGAAAUAUCUAAAUGCUCCAGCAGUAUGUUGCCCUUGUUACAGUCAUUAGGGAGUGGUUCCAGGUUUCUCAGCAUGGGGAGAUUUUGAUUCCUGGAUUUCUCCUGCUUAUUAGUUUCAUUCUGCCUUCUCUUGCUUCCUAUCCAGCCUACAGGCCAUUGUUUAUUAUCUCAGUAGUCACUCCUUCCAUGAAGUCUUCCUUGAAAUGCCAGUGUGAACUAAUGUUCAUCUUCUGUGUUUCCAUAGAACUGUAUGAAUACUACUUGGCAAAGUGUUUUAUAACUGUCAUUUUAUUUACCUGUCACCCUUAGACUGUGCACUAGCUCAUUGGCUUCAGGAAUUGUGUGUUAUAUUUCACUGUCUCUUGACAUGCAGUUAAUAUUAAAUAAAUCUAUGGUUAUUGAGUCAGUGAAUGAGGGAGGAGCCCAAUUAAAAGGCUGUUUCAGGCGUAUUAGUUGGAAAGUAGUAUCGGAGUGAAUGAAAGAUGGAAAAAUGGAGCUAAAUGAAAAGAAAUGUAGAUUAUUUCUAUAAUAUGCCAAGGGUGAGGUGACUUGUCUGUAGAGUCCACAGUGGCCUAGGAAUAAAAGUAAAGUAAAGUAAAGUAAGGGCAAAUCCAAGCCACGUUUUGGAAAAUUUUUAUAUCAUUGGUAAUAAGUUAGACAAGAACGAAUGGUGAAAACUCAUAUGGUAGAAAGCAGCAGUCAGUUGGUAUGAAUUUUUAGCAGAUUGGAUUAUAUGAUAACAGAAUUGUAGGUCUUAUUCUGAGGUUUAUAUUUGUAUUUAUUUUACAAACUAG